AUAAUAAUAAAAAAAAAUAUCUAUGUGGUGUGGUGUUGGUGAUUUAUAAUAGUGGUGCUAAUAAUAUGUCUAGGGAUGGCACAACAGACAUCACGCGCAGCCGCCAGUUAGGUGGGGCGCCCCCUCCUGCGCGGCGGGCUGCCUUCACACGAGUGCUGAAGGGACAGAUCAUGCUCGGGACCGCUGUCUUCCCCAAGGGCACUGUAGGUCAUACUUUAGAGUCUUUCGCUCGCAAAGCGUUGUGGGACGUCGGAUUGAAUUACGCCCACGGGACGGGACACGGCGUGGGACACUUCCUGAAUGUCCACGAGGGUCCUUCGGGUAUACUCAGCGGGCCCCUCGCCACAGACCCUGGGAUAGUGCCAGGCAUGAUAUUCAGCAACGAACCUGGUUAUUACGAAGUGGGUCAGUACGGCAUCAGGCAUGAGGAUUUGGUGGAAGUCAUAGAGUUGAACAAUGACUCCGAUCAUAUUCUGGUAAGAAAUGAACCAUAGAAGCGCGUACAUAAAAAAUCACUUACAAUAGUUUUUGUCCAAAGAAAUAACGUCCAAAUAAGCUGCCAUUAUGUCAAUUGUAUUAAAAAAAAAAUCACGACGUUAUCCUUAAUAAAUUUAGU